GUCCCGGGGCCGCGUCAGGGCGGAGGCUGGGGGUCCCGCGCGUCCGCGUCUGUCCCCGGCGCCGCGCGGCUGGAGCCCACGGGCGGCAGCGCACGGCCCGGCUGGCACUGCGCGGCGGCGGGCUCGGCAGCGGCGUGGCAGCUUCUCGCAGGAGUAACCAGGACAUCACCUUUCAGAAGUAAUGCCCACAGAAAGCGGGAGUUGUUCAACGGCUCGCCAAGCAAAACAGAAACGCAAAUCUCACAGCCUUUCCAUACGAAGAACGAACAGCUCAGAGCAGGAGAGGACGGGCCUGCCGAGAGACAUGUUAGAGGGACAGGAUUCUAAACUGCCUUCCUCGGUUCGCAGUACUCUUCUGGAACUGUUUGGUCAGAUAGAAAGAGAAUUUGAAAACCUGUAUAUUGAAAACUUAGAAUUGCGUAGAGAAAUUGAGACUCUCAAUGAGCGUUUAACUGCUGAAGGACAAGCCAUCGAUGGGGCAGAGCUGAGUAAGGGCCAACUCAAGACUAAAGCCAGUCACAGCACCAGCCAGCUCUCUCAGAAACUGAAGACCACCUACAAGGCCUCCACCAGCAAGAUUGUCUCCAGCUUUAAGACCACCACGUCCAGGGCGGUGUGCCAGCUCGUGAAGGAGUACAUUGGCCACAGGGAUGGCAUCUGGGAUGUCAGUGUGGCGAGGACGCAGCCCGUGGUGCUGGGGACCGCGUCUGCCGAUCACACGGCCCUGCUGUGGAGCAUCGAGACAGGGCGGAGCCUCACCAAAUACUCGGGCCACGUGGGGUCAGUAAAUUCCAUAAAAUUUCAUCCAUCAGAACAGCUGGCUCUCACUGCCUCUGGAGAUCAGACCGCCCACGUCUGGAGGUAUGCAGUCCAGCUGCCCACUCCUCAGCCCACGGCCGACACUAGUCAGCUCUGCGGCGAGGACGAGGUGGAGUGCUCUGACAAGGACGAGCCCGACGCAGAUGUGGACGCGCCCAGCGACUGCCCCACCGUCCGGGUGCCACUCACGGCUCUGAAGAGCCACCAGGGGGUGGUCAUAGCUGCCGACUGGCUGGUCGGGGGCAAGCAGGCGGUGACGGCCUCGUGGGACCGGACGGCAAACCUGUACGAUGUGGAGACGGCGGAGCUGGUCCACUCCCUGACAGGGCACGACCAGGAGCUGACGCACUGCUGCACGCACCCGACCCAGCGGCUGGUGGUGACCUCCUCCCGUGACACGACUUUCCGCCUGUGGGACUUCAGGGACCCUUCCAUCCACUCCGUGAACGUUUUCCAGGGCCAUACGGACACCGUGACCUCUGCUGUGUUCACCGUGGGAGAUAACGUGGUCUCCGGCAGUGACGACCGCACCGUGAAGGUCUGGGACCUGAAGAACAUGAGGUCCCCCAUUGCGACCAUCCGCACAGACUCUGCCAUCAACAGGAUCAAUGUGUGCGUUGGCCAAAAAAUCAUCGCCCUCCCCCACGACAACCGCCAGGUGAGGCUGUUUGACAUGGCGGGCGUGCGGCUGGCGAGGCUCCCGCGCAGCAGUCGGCAGGGCCACAGGAGGAUGGUGUGUGGCUCGGCCUGGAGCGAGGACCACCCCGUGUGCAACCUGUUCACCUGCGGCUUCGACCGGCAGGCCAUCGGCUGGAACAUCAACAUCCCGGCACUGCUGCAGGAGAAGUGAGGGAGCCUCUCCAGGCGCCUCGGUGGCCAGGCGCUGUGACUGCUGGUGCGCCUGGCACGGGGGCGCCGUCGCUGUGGGCGGUGGACCCUGAGUGGGGGUGUGCCCUCGCCACGCUGUACCCAGCCUGCAUGAAGUGUCCAGAGGUGUGCCCCUGUUGUUUAUUUCUGUCUUGUGUGUGUUGGCAUCAUGGGCUGUAGAGGUGGAGCCCCUUCCACAGCCCUUGGUGUGGAGUCCCUGGGUGUGUCGGGUGACAGGAGGGUGUGGGGUCUGCACGAGCGAAACAUGACUCCUGUUCUCACCGGGAGGUGUCCGCCGUCUCUGUGCUUCUGGGAUGGGGAUCCGCGUCUGCCUUGCCCCGGCAGGAGCGGGCAGGGACCUCCCGUGCACAUCCGUGUGGGGUUCCAGCGCGUGCCGACUCAGCUUCACGUCUGUGUCCUGUUACAGUUCUGUAAAGUCAACUUGGGUUUUAGAAGUUAAAAAAAAAAAAAGCAUAGAAUGUUGAAUUUGCAACAUUUGGAUAGUUUCUUUUGAAAAGAAAAAGUUUCUGCUCCUUUUAUAGAAAAUCAUUUCAAUUUCCUGAGGUGUCAUGCUAGCAAAUUCUAAAGUAUAAUGAUUCUAAUCACUGAUUCCAGAUAUUAAGUAAAAUUUAAAGCACUUUAGUUUAUAGCUAUGGUUAUAAACAGUUUUUAGAAGUUUCAAAUGACUUAUCCAUUGAAUGUGACUUGACCUUUCUAGAAGGCCCUGCUACCUGAAAACAAACCUUAUUUAUUUUCUACACCUUGGGUUUGCAUAUUUCCAAGUGGUUCAUUUCCCAGGUGGUGUUUGGGAGCCAGCAAUGCAAAUCAAUGAGUACUACCUCAAAAGCAAAGCAUUCAGAAAACUUGGGGUGUCACUGUCACCUGGCUCAUGCACUUUUGAUCUACAGCUGGAACAUGAGUUCCUUUAGAAGGCAGGAGAGGCCGGCAUAGCCCAUGUACUGAAGAGGAAAGGCUCCUUCCUCCCCAGCUGCCAGCUGCCAGCUCCCAGGUGGCAGGUGGCUCUCAGUGCCCUGUCUGCUGGGAGCCUGUCACUCUUGCCUUCUUAGGACAUUCUACCUGGUGUUUGUGAGUCAUGUGUCUUGUCGAGUUACAGUCUGGUAACGAGACAUUUCAGAACCUCCCAUCUCUCCCCCACUUAUAACCAAGUCUUGGAGGCCGGCCCUGGAACAGGCACGGGAGGGUGAUGUUGGAAACGAUUGUGAUGGUUCCUUUGGCUCAGGGCCGCAGUAGCCAAUUUCAGGCCCCUCUACCUGGGUCGUCGGGACUGGUUCUGAGGUGACUUCUGGUCGGGAGGAGGGAGGGGCUGGGGAGAACCAGAGAGAGGGACAGAUGGCAAGAGUUCUAGGGCAGCUUUACAGCAACAGCAGCUCAAGAGCUGGUUGUUAGAGUCUGACGUUCCCUGACACCAGGGUCAGGGUGGCACGGGCUGCUCCCUGCCCUCCUGGGGUCUCUAUGGCUGGGCUGCCUACAUACGCCGGCUCCUCUCCUGCUUUAGUCUCACAUCUGGGUGUCUUAGAAUCACUGUUGGGAAAGUUGGGAAGUGUGUACAGGUCGCUAAGCCAGACUUAAGAACCAGAUCUCCGCCAUAUUAAAAACUUGGAAGCGUGUAAACAUACGUGUGCGUGGCCGUGUGGCCUGUGCAGAUGAGACUCCACGUGCAGCCACGUCUCCCUCGCGCCCUUCCCCUCCCUCCUCAGCGCUCGGCCCUUCUCAGGAGCAGGACCCGCCGCUGUGGCCGGGGGUGGGGGGACAGGGGGCGUCUUCGGGCAUCGUGAGGAGAUGGGGGUAGUGAGUGGGUGCGUGUGUGCAGGUGUGUGCACGUGUGCGGCUGAAAUGAAGUUGUGUGAGCAGCCGCCUUGAUUGUAUCAAAAUAGUGUUUGGAAACGGGAAUGGUGGUGUCCACGUGCCGACAUGUCCAGAAUUUCAUUUACUCGCAGGAGAUGUGUGGUUACGGAAACCCGUGUGUUGGUGGAGAGUUUCGCGAGAGGUGUGCUGCUGGGCAGAGCGGCGCCCUUUCUCACUGCACAUCAGCUUGGCAAGAUCAAAUGCUGUACCUGUUUUGGAAUCUGAAGAAUCCUGUGUAAAUCAUCUGUUGCUUAAAUCUGUGAAAUAAACUUCCUUCUGGGGGGGAGGUGUGCAUUUAUAAGUGUUGUGCAGGAGCAGGUGUUUUUACUGUGUUGAUGUAAUUGUUUUUAAGUGUUCAGUGUCUUCAUUGCAGUAUGAAACUCAUUAAAAAAUCCAUGUUCUGUAACUGCUGUUGUAAAGCUGUCAUUAGGAGUCUUUUUAUUAUUUUGCCUUGUUCAUGUCUGUGCUUUGGUAAAGCAUCAUUAAUGGCUGCUGGACAUCACAGCGAUGUAGAAAGGGAACAAAUUAUAGUACUGCCCACUUGAAAAAUUGUAAUUUUAGACUUAAAAGCUCAAUUGUAUUAUAUUUUCUCUUGGUUAUGCUGUAAUUUAAUGACCCAGGGUACACGUCUCCAUUCCUGUAUCACUGCCCCAAAAUUUCUGAUGGGAGUUAACAAUUUGACAAACUACAGGCAUUUGUCAAAGUUCCUCAGAGUUUCAUAAGAUG